AGCGGAGGUGGGAGAGCGGGGUCGAUGCGUCAGUCGAUGCUGCUGCUGAUGAUGAUGAUGAUGGUGAAGAAGAAGAUGAAGAUUGCGCUGCUCGGCGGUCCCUUGACAUCUUGAGAAGAGCUCCUGUUGGGGGGGAGGGGAAAUGGGAGACGGGGGCCCCCUCCAGGCGGAAGGCAACGCCCUCCUCAAAGCCGUCUUCCAGGGCAAGCUGAGGCUAACCCGCCUGCUGCUGGAAGGCGGCGCCUACAUCAAUGAGGGCAAUGAGCUCGGCGAAACCCCCGUCUCAGUCGCCUGCUUGGCAAACUACGAGGAUCCCCAGACGCGGCACAGGAUGGUGCGCUACCUGCUGGAGCAAGGCGCCGAUCCCAACAUCCCCGACAAGAGCGGGAGGACGGCCCUGAUGCACGCCUGCGCCAAGCCAGCCGGUAAGGAGGUGGUCUCGCUCCUGCUGCAAAACGGGGCAGACCCCAGCCUCAAAGACUAUUCGGGAAGCUCCGCUCUCAUGCACGCCCUCAACAGGGGCGACCGUGACACGCUGCAGAUCCUGUUGGACUUCUGCAGGGCCAAAGGCAAGGAGGUCAUCAUCAUCACAACGGACACAUCUCCGUCCGGGACCAAAAAGACAAAGCAGUACCUCAACUCUCCUCCGUCUCCGGGCGUCGCCGACAAGUCAUCCCCGGCCUGCAUGUCGCCGUCGGAGGUGGAGAUCGCCACCUCGUCGCCGGCAGAAGACGGGAUGUUCAGCUUUGCCGUGGCCUCCGCAUUGCCCCUGACCUCCUCCGCCCGGCCCCACGGGGACAAGCGGCCGCCCCCCCGCAAGCUGCUCAAGAGGCUGAACUCGGAGCCGUGGGGCCUGGUGGCGCCCUCGGUGUCGUGCGCGGUCAACCAGGAGGGCGCGAGGGGGCGCCUGGAUGAGGAGGAGGGCAGCUGCGACCUGAGCAGAGCACUGAUAGAAAUGAACGGGCUGCGCCUCGCCGAGUCGGCGAGACCCCUGUUGUCACGGCGACACAGCAUCGAGACUCACGACCCUUGCUCGGUCAAAGUCGUGGACCAGACCUCCUUCGAAGACUGCGCUGCGCCGUCCUGGGAUGACCAGGUCCAUCAGCACCAAGUCCUAUUCUGCAGGAACACGGCGCCAGAGUCCCAGGAAAAGACCGGACCACCUAGCGUCGGGGCCGCACAGUUCCUGCCUCACCCCAAACUCCCCCGUGUUGAGCACUCGGAGUCAGACAACCACCUGAGUCCAGAAUCCAUCCCGGGGUCCCCUGACUCCGGGCGGGUGUCUGUGGAGCGCAGGAGGUACAACGCUUCCCCUCUGUCCUUAGUCACCAGUUCCUCUCGAGAGUCUCUAGAAAACAUCCCCAACUCUGUGUCUCCCAUCAGCGUGCGCCGACGCACCCCCGGGCUCCUGGAGCGCCGUGGCUCCGGCACCCUACUCCUGGACCACAUAUCGCACACAAGGCCCGGUUUCCUGCCGCCGCUCAACAUCAACCUCCAUAGACCCAUCCCAGACAUCCGGCCCGGCAGCAAACCACCCUCUCCGGUCCACGGCGGACACAAGAUCCUGAUUCCCGUGGCCCCGGCCUCGCCAAAACGGGGUCCAGACUUCAAGACCAAGAAGAAGCUGCUGAGAAGACACUCCAUGCAGACGGAGCAGAUGAAGCAGCUCUCCACCUUCCAGGAGAUUCUGGCUGAGAAGGUCAUAGAGUCCAAUGGAGACUGAAGCCAAAUGUUUUGAUUCUGUGCCAACAACAAACUUUUGGACCAACACUUUUUGGACAUGCGCCUAUUUUUACAUGUUUGGUCAUUGAAAUGACUUAUUGCAGUACUUGGUACUACGUUUACGUAUCUUAGCAAAUUGACUGAUUGCAGUACUUGGUACUACGUUUACGUAUCUUAGCAAAUUGACUGAUUGCAGUACUUGGUACUACGUUUACGUAUUUUAGCAAAUUGACUGAUUGCAGUACUUGGUUCUACAAAUACGUAUUUUAGCAAAUUGACUGACUGCAGUUCUUGGUACUACGUUCACGUAUUUUAGCAAAAUUAAUUUCAGUACUUAGUAGUACGUUUACCCAUUUUAGUAAAUUGACUGAUUUCAAUACUUAGUACGUUUAUGUAUUUGAGCAAAUCGACUGAUUAUAGUAAUUGGUACUACGUUUACCUAUCUUUGCAAAUUGACUGAUUGCAGUACUUGGUACUACAUUUACAGAUUUUAGCAAAUUGAUUUCAGUACUAGGUACCACGUUUACCUAUCUUAGCAAAUUGACUGAUUGCAGUACCUGGUACAACAUUGACUUGUUUGAGCAAAUUGACUGAUUUCAGUACUUGGUACUGCAUUUACGUAUUCUAGCAAAUUUACUGAUUUUAUUACUUGGUACUACGUUUACGUAUCUUAGCAAAUUGACUGACUGCAGUACUUGGUACUACGUUUACGUAUUUAGCAAAUUGAGUGCUGUACUUGGUACUACGUUUACGCAUUUUAGCAAAUUGACUGAUUUCAGUACUUGGUACUACGUUUACGUAUUUGAGCAAAUUGAGUGCUGUACUUGGUACUACGUUUACGUAUCUUAGCAAAUUGACUGAUUGCAGUACAUGGUACUACGUUUACGUAGCUUAGCAAAUUGACUGAUUUCAGUCUACUUCAGUACUAUGUUUACAUUUCUUAGCAAAUUGAUUUCAGUACUUCGUACUACGUUUACGUAUUUCAGCACAUUGAUUUCUGUAGAUGGUACUACCUUUACGUAUCUUAGCGAAUUGACUGACUUCAGUACUUGGUCCCAAGUUUACAUAUUUUAGCAAAAUUGAUUUAAGUACUUGGUACUACGUUUACGCAUUUUACCAAAUUGAUUGAUUGCAGUACUUGGUACUAUGUUUCGGUAUUUGCGCAAAUUGACUGAUUGCAGUACUUGGUAUUACGUUUACACAUUUGACCAAAUUAACUGAUCGCAGUACUUGGUACUAGGUUUACGCAUUUUAGCAAAUUGAUUUCAGUACUUGGUACUAAGCCUACGUAUUUUAGCAAAUUGACUAAAUUCAGUACUUGGUACUACGUUUACGUAUUUUAGCAAAUUGACUGAUUUCAGUACUUGGUACUACGUUUACAUAUCCUAGCAAAUCGACUGCAGUACUUGGUACUAUGUUUCCGUAUCUUAGCAAAUUGAUUGCAGUACUUGGUAUUACAUUUAUGUAUCUUAGCAAAUUGACCGAUUGCAGUAUUUGGUACUACGUUUACAUAUUUGAGCAAAUUGAAUGAUUGCAGUAAUUGGUAUUUCGUCAACGUAUUUGAGCAAAUUCACUGAUUGAAGUACUUGAUAGUUGAUACUACCUUCACUUAUUUUAGCAAAUUGACGCAUUGCAGUACUUGAUAUUACAUUGAAGAUCUUUAGCAAACUGACUAAUUUCAGUGCAUUAUACUACAAACUGACAGAUUGCAGCACUUGGUACUAUGUUUACAUAUCUUUAGCAAACAGACUGAUUGCAGUACAUUGUACUAAGUUAACGUAUUUUAGCAAACAGACAGAUUGCAGUAAAAUGUACUACGUUAACAUAUUUUACCGAAAAGAUUGAUUCUAGUACUUUGUACUAUGUUAAAGAUCUUUAGCAAGCUGACUGAUUGCAGUACCAAGUUUACAUAUUUUAGCAAACAGACUGAUUGCAGUCGUUGAAACUAUGUUAACGUAUCUUUGUCAGACUGCUUGCAGUACUUUGUACUAUGUUAAAAAGCUUUAAC